AUGGCGGAAGCGCUUAGUGGAGGAGGGGGGAACACUUAGUGGGACGGACAGGUUGAGUGUGUUCUCGCUGCUUUGGAAAUAAUGUGGCGGAGAAGUGUUGUCCUUCCAGGGAGCUUCUGUGCCGGUAUUCACCUGAGGGCCCCGGGACGGGAUGUCGUGGUGCCGGACAGGAGGACACAGAGGUUUCUAGGCACCACCCCUUUCUUCUGCAACAAAGAAGAUGAACCAGUUAGUGGCAUUGAUAAAAAUACUUCAUUAAGCCCAAAGGAAACAAAGAAAGUAAUUACAAAGAAGAAUUUGCUGAAAAUAAUUAGUUCAAUGAAGGUAGAAAUAAAUACAGCAAAAAGAUUUCAGAUGAUGAAAGUCCAAAAAAAUCAGAAUCAAACAAAAGACUUGCAAGAGAGUAAGGAGGGUAGAAAUAUGGAGAGUACAAGUAGCAUGUUCCAAAAAGCUACCGAAGACCAAGCUAAGAGUAAUGUAGGGAUUAAGCCAGAGUUGGUGGAAGCUGCCUCUGCCGUUGCCUCCUCACUCCCUUUCAAAAAAGAAACUACAGUUUCAGAAUUGCUUCAGAUACUGAAAAAACACAAUGACCUGGUUAGUGGACGUCGGAACGUAAGUGCCCCAGACAUAAGUAAAAUCGUUUCCAGCAUGAAGGUUCAGAAAGAGAAGUCACCACAAGUUACCUCUAGGUUAUCCAGUCUGAUGUUGUCUGACAGUGAUGGACAAAAGUAUAGGACAAAAAAAGCACGGAAAAGAGAACUAUAUUCAGGAAGAGGACUUGAUAUUUUCACUCCUACUGCUGAAGCAAAGGGAGCACUUCAGACAGAGGGAGCCCUUCAACCAGUGACACCUCCAACACUAUGGGAUCUGGAACUUGCUGAAGAAAUUGCAGCAGUCUAUCAGCAAGCACCUGAUAAUGCUUUUGAGGAGAUGAUCCAGUGGACAAAAGAAGGGAAACUUUGGGAAUUUCCAAUUAACAACGAAGCUGGAUUCGUGGAUGAUGCUGAAUUUCACGAGCAUAUAUUUCUGGAAAAAUACUUGGACGAAUUUCCUAAGGAAGGCCCAAUUCGUCAUUUCAUGGAGCUUGUGACUUGUGGACUUUCCAAAAAUCCAUACUUGAGUGUUAAAGAAAAGGUGGAACACAUUCAUUGGUUUCGGGAUUACUUUAAGGAAAAAGAAGAGCUGCUUAAGGAAAUUGAAGCACAUGAGAAGGAAGCCUUGGCUAAAAGCAAGACUCUGUCAAAGUGAAAAUAAAACAUCAACAAUAACACUAAUUUUAUGUAAAUGCCACUGGAUUGUUAUAUAUCCAAUCUGGAAAACAGAUGACUAUAUAAAAAGUAUUUUUAAAACUG